AARCUGUAAGCUAUCGGGGGGACAUAUUUGAAUUUUUUUUUCUUUUUCCAGAGCAUUUGGAAAGAUUUCAGCUCUGCACAUUGUGAGCAGAUUCAAAUCAGCCACAGGCAGUGUGAGCUGCCAUCUUAGCUGUGAAUUUUGCUGAAACGGCUGCCGCCACACACAGAGAGAUGCCACCUGCUAAUGAGAAUAGACACCCCUGCUGCAAAAGUAAUUAAAAGGUUAAGCAAAAAUUAAUCUUCUUAGAACCUCAUCAGCAAGAUCUUUGUGAAAACACGGAGUGAGAUGACAUUUCAGAUCUGGAUUAUUCAGCGUCACAUUUUACUUGAGGAAGGACGGAAAGGGAAGUAACUUUUGCAACUCAGUAAAUGGCCUCAUUCCCUGAUUGUGCCUAAAACCAAACACCAAACAUGAGCAUUCCUACCAGUUUCCAUGGUCUGAGGGUCAAUGUUGACAGAGAAGAAAAGAUUGGAAACAAAACCCAGAUCAGUUUUACCUCAUCUGGGGAUGACAAUGCCAACCGAAUAGCUUCAGUCACCCACCAAGAAGGAAGAGGAUUGGUUGAGGUCACAGGGUUCAGCACAAGCUCCAUUCCUCCGCUGGUCCGCCAAACUGAUUCCCCAGACAAGAUAGUGAUCUGGGGCUCAGAGCAGCAAUGCAUGGAGCCUGAGCUCAGAGAGUUUGAGCUUCUGGAUUGCCAGGAGAUACAUACAUUCUUGAGAAACAGAAAUGAGGAGGACAAUGAACAGGAGGAAGAAGAUGGAGAAAGUUAUAGAGAUGGAAAAGAUGAAGGUCCCAUGUCCAUAUCUUCGAGUUCAACUGCCAGCUCUGCUUCAGUUGGUGUCAGGAGRAAUGACAACAGCAACAAAAUAGUAAGCAGAGUACAAAGGGACAAAGAGAAGAGGRCUGGCUGUCACAGCACCGAAGAGCUAGACAAAUAUGUCACAGGUUCUAUAGAGAAAAGAGACAUCCAGUCAAGCAAGGACAGGCGGAAGGCAGGUCUGAAGGAGUCCAAGUCUGAGACAAAUGUGUUUSUGUCURGUCUGUCAGCGGUUGCUCUCAGUGGAAGCCUGUCUAGUGCUCUGGAUUCUAGCGGAACAGCAUCUUUCAUCUCUYUAUCCAAAUCCAAGACCAGCACUUCUCCCACUGCUAUUAACACUACCUCAGCCCAGACCAGCAGAAGGGCAGCCUCUGUAGAUGCCAAUCAGAACUCCCCACCAAUGCAUCCCCAAGGAAAAUAUGACUGUCCUCAAUACUGUAGCCAGGAACAGAGACUAGAAGAGAGGAAUCUUCCCAGAAAUGGACUUUCCUCUAAUGGAGGCUUGGGCCAAAGGAGAAAGGCUGGAUUUGAGGAGAGGGUGUUGCCACCUCGACGGCAGCAACUUGUCAGACCCCUCUGCCAAACGGAGAUGGGAAGAGAGAGGAACUUGAUGGAAASUGGSACAGUGCUACCCUCCCCCCUCAAUKUCUCUCUAGAGUCACACACUAAUAGGUCGAACAGAAAGUUUGCAAAAUCRUCCCUACGGGAACCAUCAGAUUUCUCCCACUUGUACAACACUGCAGGAGUCUACCAACUGAAGCAGCCAAACCAGUCAACCCAGAGAGAGGCAUCACCAGUAUCAAAACAGCCAUCUGCUAACGUACAGUCCAUAUCUGGUCCAAACUCAUCCAUCCAGGAGAAGAAGCCUCAAACUCAGCUGRCAUACCGAAGGAAUUGCUCCAGUCCAAACAAGACUGGGGGUGAAACCAGRUCAUCUACACCUCCCCUCUCCCCUCUCAGGACACCCCAGGGCUCACCACGCAGGCAGCCCUCUAUGUACCUCAUUUCCAGGAACGUUUCUGGAGCRCCUCGACAUGUCCCACAAGGAUCCAACCCAGCGAUACAAACAUCAGCUCAGGGCUAUGGUAACAGUUCCUUGAGAGCACCUGUGAAAACUAAUAUAAGCACAAGUGGAAUCCCUAAAGCGCCUCCUUCUAUCCAGCAAAGCUCCCCCAACUCUAACCCCAAAGAGAGCUCCCCAUCACCUAAGCUUAAACCUAARGGAGUCCGACCCAAAAUCAUAACCUAUGUCCGAAAGAAUCCCCAGUUUAAACCCCAAGCUUCGGAUGGACCUUAUCAGGUAUCAUCCCUACCAUCCAGGCUCUCAACGUACGCCCAGAGCCAAACACCCACUACUUUCAAAGACACGUCUAAAGACCCCUCUAAGUCAGAUGCAGAAAACCGGGGAACCCCAGUACUCAGUGCCUCCAAUGUUCUUUAUGACAAGUACCGCCAAGAGAUGCAGGCAAACARUUUCCCAGCAGGAAUGCAAAGUCGGAGCAUCAGGGCUCCUGGACACACAAACACAGUCCCCCUGGCACAUUCACACACCCACAAUCUUUCCCCAAAACUGAGCAGCAGAGCAGACAACUUCUAUGGGACAUCAUCAGAGGUUGGAAGRUCCAUCAGUUUGAAAGGCAGCUCCGCUGAGGAUGCUUUGCAGAGCAGGACAGCUGUGCCGGUCGGGGGGACCGGCAGUCUCCUGCGCUCGGGCCGAGGUCUGCGUCUCGGUUUGGGAGCUGUCACCAGGACGGCCUCAGGCUUUGCCAAGAGCAGAGGACCCAGUCCAGGACAGAGGUCGGCGCCGGUCUUCAGCCAGCCAGUCCAGCCUGUCAGCCCAGCAACCAGCCAGAAAAUCCAAGAUAACACCGAUGAACAGGCUGUUGGCUGUCAUCCCUCUGCUGCUCCUCCACCUUUGACAGCAGCCGCUCCGGCCCUGUCCUCGGCCUCCCGGUCUCUGCUCCCCAAAGUGAGUCCAUCGGGUCUGCGUCCUCCGGGCUUCUCGUCRUCCUCCUCCUCAUGCCGCCUCCCAGCAGGACGCCUCGCUGCCUUCGGUUUCGUCAGGAGCUCCAGCGUCUCCUCGGCCUCCUCGGCCCACUCUGCUGACAGCACCCAGAGUGACCCCUGCAGGACGGCUCACCGUGUGAGCGAGGAGCCCCCCGUUCACAGAGUGACCACGAGCCCUCCUUCAACGGAUCACCAGAGAACGGCACCKUAUCGCAGCAACAGUCUCCAACCUCCUUCCACCCCGGCCCUGCCACGGCGCUACCUGCCUCCCCAACCCCGGAGCUCCCCUGGAGUUGGCAGGAAGGAGUUUCAGCGGAGUUCAGAGGUCACACGCUCCCUCCCUUCUUCGCCAAAGAGACUGGCAGUGGUUCCUCCAAAACCUCAGUCUCCAGUCCAGGCUGGUCAGCGGCCUGCAGCAGCAGUGCGGGGCUCCACUCCCUCAGGGUCGCCUCGCCGCGUGGCCCCCCUGAGGCUGCAGCAGGAACACCAGGAGAACCUGCAGAGGGAGAAAGAGGAGGCCCAGCAGAAAGAGAAGGAAAGGCAAGUGGAGGAGAGGGAAAAGGAGGAGCAGAGGCAGGAGGUUCAGAGGCUGCAGGGGAACUGCGAACAGCAGGAGAGGCAGCUGAAGGCUCUGAGAGAUGAGCUAAAGAAGAUGUCCUUGGGUCUUGAAGCCUUCAUCAUCACCGCUCAGCAUUAUUGCCUCAAGAAUGACACUGCUGAGGAAUGUCAAAGGAAACUAUCCUUGGAAAUGCGAAAGAUCAAAGAGGAUAUGACCUCCCAGUUGCUGCGAUGGGAGAGACUCCAGCAGGACAAAGCAGCGCUGGAGGUGGCGUUUGAGCGCGAGCUGCAGGAGCUCCAGCUGCAGCAGGAGGCCGAGCUGGCUGCUGUAGAAGAAGGGCUCAGGAAGUGUCACACAGCUGGGCUCGAGCACCUAAAAGUGGAGCAUCGGUCAGAGAUGGAGGAGCUGACGACUCAGCAACAGGAGCAGUUGGAGGAGAUGACAGUCAACCACCAGGCAGCCAUUCAAGAGCUCAGAGACAUGCAUAAUAUCACCAUGGCAACACUGCAUGAAGAGCACGYCCAUACCAUGAGAGACCUGAGGAAAGCUCAUGAGCAGCAAAAGAGUCUUCUGGAGGAAGACUUUGAGAAACUCAGGCUUUCUCUGCAGGAUCAAGUGGACACUCUCACGUUUCAAAAUGAGAGUCUAAAGGACAAAGCCAAACGCUUUGAGGAAGCUUUGAGAAGGAGUACAGAUGAACAAAUCAUUGAUGCUUUAGCUCCCUACCAGCACAUUGAGCAGGACCUGAAGAGCCUGAAGGAAGUUGUUGAGAUGAAGAACCAGCAGAUUCACCAGCAGGAGAAGAAGAUUUCUGACCUGGAGAAAGUGCAGGCCCAAAAGAACGUGUUCCUGGAGGAGAAGGUCCAGGUUCUGCAGCAACAGAAUGAAGAUCUGAAGGCUCGCAUUGACAUGAACCUGGCCACGUCCAGGCAGCUGUCGGAGAAGAACGCCAACCUGCAGGAGUCCGUGGAGAAGGAGAGCACAGAGAAGAAGCGUCUGAGCCGGAACAACGAGGAGCUGCUGUGGCUUCUCCAGACCAGCCCCCUCAUGUCCCCGGCCUCGUCCCCGCUGCACCGCUCCUUCUCCACCUCGCCCGUCCCCUCGUCCCCGCUCCUGUCCUCCUCGCCCUUCGCCGGGUGCGACUCCCCCACUCACUGUCCCGGCUGCCCAAAACAAGCGCAGUACUGCUGCUCCCCGUCCCACAGAGCCGCCGCCAAUCAGAAUUACUCCCCGGGGCCCAACACGCCCACGCACCGGGCRUCGGCCAGCCGCUUCAACUCAAAUGCCUCUUUACAGAGUUAAAAUCUGAUCUCUGAAGCCCAAUUACUCCAGUUUAUUUCCCCUUCUCUUCGUCRACUGUGACCUCAAUUCAUCACAAAACUGUACAGGCACUGUGAAAGCACUGAAGUUACAGUCUUAACCUGGGUCCCCUCAAUGUUACGUACACUGAGAUUUGACUUAAUGCGGAAUUUUGAAACAUAGAUUGUAUUUAUUGUACAAAAGUGGCACAAGAAUUGUUGAUUGUUAAACCUAUUUGCAUGGGGAGUUAUGAACCCUGCACAGUACCGUGAUAACAAUGGAAUUUAGCACCUUUUCGUUUCACCAGAAUACACUCGAGUGUGGUUAAAAACACACACCCCGGUAAAAUAAGCUGUACAUCUGUUAGAAUAGGAGUUCAUAUAUGAUUCUCAGAUUUCUCUUUUCAUCCAAAACAAAGCCCAAGCAAAGCGCCUUAUAUUUGGUCCUUCCACCACACCAGCACAGAGUGACCGAUGCUUCACUCAAAUCUCUUGAUUCAGAAUUUGGAAACGUCAAAGCAAAGGAUGCUUUAUUUUAAUCUCACUAAGGUCUGCUUCACAUUUUCUAAUUAGUUCCGAGGUGAUAGGUUUUAUUUGUACGGGAACCCCAGCCAUGUUACCUGCAGCAUACAAAGAACUUACUGUAACGUCUUUGAAAACCUUGCCAGGUCUUCCUUCAACACACGAGCUACUCUUCGCUUCUCCCUCAGGUCGACGUGCAAAACCUACACUUUGCUGUUUUUUCCUGUUUACCUCAAUGGAAGGUUUCAGCCUGUUGUGUCUCGACAGARACAACAAGAACAGAAUUACACAGCUAACAGAGAGCUCAAAGCUAAGAAGGAAACCUAGCACAGGAAAUCACUGUUUGAAACGUCGUGCAUUUAUUUAUUUAUCUAUUUAUUUAUUUACAAUGUGACGUUUGUGUCCGAUUUAUUUAAUACAUGUACUUUCCUGCUUAAGCAGGCACGUACUGUGAAAGUCUUCCAGUUUAAAUGUAGAAUUUAUCAUUGCUGUGACUUAUUUAUUAAGCUUGAAAUGUAAAGAAAAUUCAGUGUUUGUGACUUUAAAACUUGUAGAUUUCAAAGUGGAAUGUGUGAUGGUUUCCUAGAGAAAGCAAAGAAUCUGAAGAUGUUUUCCUCCAACAACCGGUUAUGUGCAAACAUUUAGCAUCCUCUGGGCCGACUAGAUAUUUUCUGCUUUUGAAAAGAAAGAAAACUUCUAGAUUCAAAAGUUAGCUGAUUUGAAAACACAGGACUGUUCAAGUAUUUUGAAGUGUGGWUCUGUGGGAAAGUUAAUGAACAGUUAAUAUCUUACGUCUUCUAUUCUCAUGCUUUUUUGUGAGUUUUCAAGCUAAAAUAUUAAUAGCAAUAUAAUUUAAUAAUAAGUAAUAAAUAUUAAGGUAGGUUAGGUUCCACUAAAAAAAAAUGGAAUGUGGCGUGAUGCAUGCCCUGUGCCAACGCUCCGCCUUCUAACAGGAGGUGUGUAGCUGCUAACUGCAUGUUUUUGUUGGUUUUUACCGCAUUAAGAUGCCACCCCAAAUGCACUGUAGGGAGAUGGGGGGUCUCUGCUGUCAUUAAGUGGGAGUUUCUUGUGUGGAAGGAGUUUAUCCAAGACAUGAUUGGUCUGUUUGACUCUAGUGGGCCCACCAAAUUUGAAGUCCAUGAAUUACAUUUACAUGUUCACAAUAAUUUUACAACUAUCAUUACCUUAUCUUUUAACUUGCCCCCCACAAGACAAGUCAGUCUGACCAAUCACAGUUUGCCAAGCUCCACCCACACAAGAACCUCCACCUAUAUUCUAAACUCCACCCACACAAUAAGAAACUGCUCAGAUUAUUAACUUGUCAGUCUAGUCAGAUUAAAACUUUCUUUCUCCAAACUGAGGUCAUUCAAAGAGCUACCUACAACAGGUAAGAUAUUAAUUGUUCAUAACCUUUCUACAGAAACUYCACUUCAAAAGAGUGCAGCUGUACUUUUGAUUAUUAUUAAUUCAAUUAAACUAAAAAUAAUGUUAAAAAUCUAACCGGUCAUGAAAGUGUGUACGGUAAUUUGUCAGUGGACGCACCAAGUUCUGCACAUAACUGUACUUCUGAGGACUUUCUAAUGUAAAAUGUGUCGAUAAGCUAUGUAGGCAGGUUAAUCCUGUUUACUUCUUUGUAAUAAAUAAAUUAGAAUAGUUUUUCUGAACCUGUAUUAACUUUUCCAUAACUUAUUUUGUUAGUAUGAAUUUGUUAAUUGGUUUGAUCUUUUCUAUUCUUUAUCUCUGUGAUGCACUGACUCCUCAGCGUGCGGGCGUAUUUCAGGGAAAUCAAUUCUAAACUUUUAAUUCAUCAGAAUUACAUUUGAUUUCCUUUUGUACAGCCUCCCCAACAGAACAUACAUUUCCCAGCAUAAAGUUUCACCUCCUAUAARACGGACCAUAUGAAUAUUAUAUAAGAUUAUUAUUAUUAUUAUGGCAAACAUCCUGUCAAAGCUGCCUCCUGUACUGUAACCUGCUCACUAAAUUCCCCUCAGGAAGUCUUUUACUUGGCUUUAAAGAAGACAUUAAAAGCUGCCGUGUGAAACAAAGUCAAAUUUCAGUCAUAUUCAGAAAAUUCUUGCUGUUUGAACUGCACAUGACUGCUGUAAAUAGGCGAGGCUAGAGCCAAAAAAAAGAUUUAAAAUGUGAUACUUGUGGCAGCUUCAUCACUAACAGGAGCAUGCCUUUAGGUUAGAACUAGAUGUAUUUUUGAUGCGUCGAAGCAUCAUGGAAAUUUCUUUAAAAUUUGACUUGAUCUGGAGAAAUAUUAAGAUUUUAUUAGCACACCUGCUUUGAAUGUUUCCAGCCCCGCAGGUGAGCAGCAUGUCAAGGAUGGUUUUUUUUGUUUUGUUUUUACAGUCGCAAAUUUUAAAGCGCGUCUGUAACUGCUCUACCAGCACUUUUGAUGCUCUUUUCAUUAACCUUCAGCAUUUUUUUAUGAUGCGUAAACAGGGUUAAACACUCCUAAAUGGAAGAAUGUUGAUUAUAGAGUAGGAGAAAUGUAUCYAAGCUGUCUUUGAUUUUUUUUACAUUGAUGAUUCUGAGAUUGUCUUUGAUAAAUUGUAAGAAUAUACCAGUUAGAAAUUCACUGUGUUUUCAGAGGUUUACUCUUCAGCCACAAUUCAUCCCCUCAGGUGCGAAGAAGAAAAAAAGUCAGUCAAUAAGGAUGCAACUAAACUACUGUUUACACUCGACAGCGUAAAGUUCUCGACUUCAUCUGAAAAUCUUUUGAAUGAACUAAACACUAAACUGGUAUCGUAAUGACCCUUCGAUGUGUCCUGUGGACAUUUGUGUCUCACUAUGCGAUGAAUGUCAAAAAACCUAAAAAAAAUUAAUGAGUGCAUUUUAUACAAGUCUUUCGUGUAAUUUUCUUUAAAAUUGAAGGGCCUGUUGUCGGACCACUUUGUAGCAGCCAUUAAAUAUGUAGCAUUUGUUCAAGCCCACCAUCAGAGGAAAAAAAACAUGAUGGGUCAUUUCAUAUAUUUGUUAAAGAUUUCAACAUCACUAUUUAAAAUAAAUGCUACAGUAGCUAAAUGUUUCUACAACUUGUCCACCUGCGGCUCUCGAUUUUGAAAUUUGUCAACGUAAUGGGAGUCUUUUUUUUUUUGGAAUUUUUUGGUCCAAGCUUUCUGGUGCUGAUUGUAUGUUUGAAUGUAAAUACAUUUACAUGAGUUGUGUCUUUGUGCGCCGACAAAGAAAUAGAAGCAUGUUUUCUCGGGCUUUUGCUGUUUCGAUUGUUCUCUCUUUCUCUUCUUUUACCUCUCUGUAGUUUUCAAGGUUAGGCUGUGUAACCGUAGCGUUUGAGACUUAGAAGACGAGGAACAAAAAUUGUUCGAUAAUGUAACGUGAACGAAGAAUGUUGACUUUUUUUAUUAUUAUAAUWAUUUGUAGUUUCUGCAGAGAACAUAGUAUUAAAAUAAAGAAGAAAAUGAAAGAA